CGAAAACUAAAGCCCAUUUCACUCGCUCCUCAUACCGAUCCGCUCCAGCUCCGAGCGAUACAUCUCGACGGCGGCGGUGCGCGGGCCACCGGCCAUGAGGCUGUUUAGACGCCUUAUUCUCGCCGGUCUCCUUCGCUCAACCUCCACCACUUCCGCCGUUUCCCCAAAGCCGAAUGUCUGUAACGGAGAAAGAUUUCUCUCAAGUUCGUGUUAUUGUGACAACACUAGACAUCAGACUUCUGGAGGAGCAGGCUCAACUGCUAAGGAGAUGCUAGAUCCCUUUGCUCUGAUUAAGGACGAAGUCUCUGAAAUCACGUAUAGAUUGCGUUCAAUGGUGGUAUCUGAGGUACCUGAAUUGACAUCAGCAGCUGGAUACUUCUUCAGAGCUGGAGCUGAAGGGAAAAGAACAUGUCCUACUGUUCUACUAUUGAUGGCCUCAGCUCUAAGAACAGACACUCCUGAAUCUAUUAUUGGUUCAAAGAACGAGCUUCGUGCAAGACACAUGCGGGUUGCUGAGAUAACAGAAAUGAUCCAUGUAGCAAGCCUUAUCCAUGAUGAUGUUCUGGAUGUUGCUGAUACUAGACGAGGUAUGGACUCCCUGAACUCUGCAGUGGGAAACAAGCUUGCGGUGUUGGCUGGUGAUUUUCUACUUUUCAGGGCAUUUUCUGCUGCCGGGUCUCUUGACAAUACUGAGGUUGUAUCGUUACUAGCAACAGCUCUAAAUAACCUUGUGACUGGUGAGCUCAUGCAGAUGACCAUAACUCCAGCACAACGCUGCAGAAUGGAUUACUAUUUGCAGAAGACAUACUACAAGACAGCGGCGUUGAUUUCAAAUAGCUGCAAAGCCGUUGCGGUUCUUGCUGGCCAAACAGCAGAGGUUGCGGGUCUUGCAUAUCAGUAUGGCAGGCACUUGGGUAUAGCAUAUCAGCUGAUUGAUGACAUCCUUGAUUUCACGGGCACAUCCGCGUCACUAGGCAAAGGCUCAUUGUCUGAUAUCCAUCAAGGAAUCGUGACAGCUCCUGUACUGUUUGCAAUGGAAGAGUUCCCCGAACUGCAUGAAAUUGUAGAGCGUGGAUUUGAUGACCCUUCAGACGUCGCUACUGCCCUCGAAUACCUUGCAAAAAGUCGGGGAAUCGAGAGGACUAAGUUGCUUGCUACUGAACAUGCAAAACUGGCAGCAGACGCAGUUGAUGCUCUUCCUGAGGUUGAGGACAGAGUUGCGCUGAUCUCGAGGCAAGCACUCAAAGACCUUGCUCAAAAGCUCAUCAGGAGAACAAAGUGAAGCGAGAAUAUGCAAGAUAUAACACAAACGUGCAUGUUUGUCGCUUGGAUGAAUGUUUCCGUUUGUGACAAUUUCUGUUGCUGAUGGAGUCCAACAGAUCUGGAUAGGAGGUUUAUCUCUCUUCGUUUUCCAUAUUAUCUGUGUUUUACCAGGUGCUCAAGAACAU